UUUGGAGCUUUGGUCCUUCUUUUCGCAGUUCUUGGAACGAUGGGUGGUGAAAAAGGUUAUAAAUGUCGGUUAUGUUUGACUGAAAUUGAAGAAAACGACCAAUACUUCUCCGUCGACGAUAAGGAUGUACGCGAAAAAAUGACGGUGAUAUUCAACUUUCCGAUCGUGCCGAUGGACACAUUGAAUGUUAUAUGCGAAGGGUGUGAUGCGAAGGUGGCGGACUUUCACGCAUAUCACGAGCAGGUGAGGCAGAAUCAGGACUUGCUGUGGAGCGGAAGUGUGCAGAAGGGGGAAUGUUUCGAAACGGUCAAACUGGAGGCCCCUUUGAUGGACUAUGAAGACUUCGAGCAGCCGAUCGAGCUGUUGGAGGAUGACGAAACGCAGCCCGCCGCCGUGAAGGGGGAACCGAAUGAUGGUGAUCCAAUGGCUGAAGCUUCCGGCCGAAACAGCACGCCACCGAGUGAAUGUACCGUUAGCGAUGAGGAACCCGAAACGGAUCCGAUAAUGCCCCGGCGAAGGGCGAAGCGACUAAAGUUGAACGAUGCGAAAGCCGACCGCCAGCAAGAGUCAACCCGAACGAGCAUCAAGGAAGGCUUCGAAGAGCAAAACCGGCGUUUGCAGGAGUUCUACGAAAUGAAGUGCGAACUGUGCCACGAGAAACUGGACUGCUUUACGUCGCUGAAAAAUCACUACCACAAGCAUCACAAGGUGCAGGGAUACAUAAAUUGUUGCGGGCGAACCUUUAGCAGUCGGUACCGCUUGCUUGAGCACUUAUCGUUCCACGUCGGAUCGAGCAUGGUCCGAUGCGAUAUCUGCAACAAGAGUUUCAGCACCCGCAGCUACUUGCAGGUGCACAACAGCCGAAAGCACGGGAAGGCAGAGGACCGGCCAUAUAAGUGCGCUCAGUGCCAUCAAUCCUACGCCCUGGAAUGUCAUCUGAAAGCACACAUGGUAACGCACGUGCGGGUGAACUGUGAAAUCUGCGGCAAGCUGCUGGCGAGCAGCCUAUCCCUCCGCGUACACAUGGUCAACAUUCACGGCAAGCGGGAAAACCUCAUAUGCGAUAGCUGCGGAAAGGAGUUCCGGACCCGGCAAGCGUUCGACAGACACGUCAACCUACACCUGGGCAUCGACCCGACGGAGCAAGUGCAGUGCACUCUGUGCUCCAAGUGGCACCGCAGCAAGCGGGCCCUGAAGGUUCACGUGCAGCUGGUACACAACGAGGCGGGCCAGACGUUCAAGUGUGACCUGUGUUCCCACGAGAGUCCCAACAGCCGGGCCAUGGCAAACCACAAGCAGCGCGUACACGUUGGGGAACGGUUCGCGUGCGAAGUUUGUGGCAAGCGGUUCAAGCGGCAGCUCUAUCUGAAGGAGCACAUUGCGCUGCACACUGGCAAACCGCUUUACUCGUGCGAAAUUUGCGGCGCAACGUUCAACUCCAACGCGAACAAGUACUCGCAUCGGAAAAACAAACAUCCGGUCGAGUGGGAAGCCCGGCGGAAGCUCCUGCAGCAAGAGGCGAGUGGAUGAGGCGAGGUGAUCGCCCGUGACGGAACGCUACGUUACACAUAACGACCAAGAUCUCAGCGGCAUAGAGAUUGUACAGUUUAUUUAGGUUACACUUG